AUGCAACAACACACCAUUACUACUACGACCACUGCCUCCAACACCACUCCACAAACACCCAUGAAACCCCAGACAAGCGGAUGGGCCACUGGACACUCUGUCAUGUCGGCCCUUCUCAUGAUUUGGAGUAUCUUCCCCUUUGUGUAUCAUGUCAUUCUUCUUUUGGUGUGGUUCGUGAAGGGUAUUUAUGGUUAUGCUGUCUCUGAUUUAAUGCUUCUCUUUGUGGCUGUUUUUAUGUUUGUGGUGGCCUUGACUGGAAUGAUUGGAUUGUGGAGUAAUAUUCAUCCAGAACACAAGUCAAGAAUUGUGAAUUUUAACUAUUUGGGAUGUGUGUGGGGUUUGGGUUUGGGUCCUUCUUGUAUGUCUUUUUAUGGGUAA